AUGUAUGAAACUAAGGGUCAUUUAAACAGUACCCACGAAGCGCAUGUUCCCUUGGAGCAUACUGAUAUUUCUGCAGAAGAGGCUGCGGACAUUUUGCAUAUGAAUGCUCCAACAAAAGGUGAUAGUGAGGGUAUCGAAGACCUCUUAAGUUGUAUAGAGAAGUGGCAGAAUAACUCUGUUGGUGGUCCUAGUUGGAAUAAGCAGGUAUCCAUGAGCGAGGAGCCAUCGGUGUCUACUGAUGAAAAGCACGUUGGAUUAAUAGGUCCUAUGGUUUAUUCAUCACAACGCGUCCAAAUAUCUCCUAUGAAUAAAGCUCAAUACGAGGAGCUGCUCCAGAGUUACUAUUUACGUGCGUCAUCACCUCCUAACCGUGGUGAAGAGAAACAGGCACAACCAACAUCCCGUGCCGUCGAAAAGGCAGUUCCCGUGGACAAAGUGCCACAUCAUGUGCGUGUAGAUCAACUUGGUGAGUUUCAAGCAGCUGGUGACCGCUCCGUGGACACAGUUUCUGAAAAGGGGAAUUUACCUCAAGAAGAAGGAUCCUUCCGUACAAAGUCACGAACUGAUUCCGCGUCUACGAUAGAUGAGCAGUCUGUAACUGACAAGGAAGUUAUUGCAUCUAUUCCUAAGCAGUUUGAGACAUUUCCCAAAGUGGAUAAUGAAAUAUAUUCAGCUUGGGAUAGUGAACCCCCGUUGGGGUUACAUGAGUUACCGAGCAUUCAGAGUUCUUCCGUCCCUCAACUCCAGCGUCCUUUUAAGCCAAACGGGCGAGUGUAUCCUGAAUGUCAAGGUAAUGGCAACGAUAUUGCUUCGUUUCGUUUUUUGCAUCAGUCGAAUUUACAUUUAGGCAACGGUCAAAAACGUCGUCCCGUUUUUUUCGACCGCUUUUUAGAGAAGCCUCGUACUUACCGUAAGGGUACUCCUGGGUUACAUCGUCCGAUGCCUACGUCUUCAUGUCCGGAUAACAUGUCUAAAUCAACUGCCAGCGGCCCUCCCAGUCGUCUGGAGGCCAAUGUUGUUCCUGACUUGAAAUUUGAGCCUGGUCGUCAAUUGAGUUCUAGUAGCAGAUGCCACGAUAGUAGUGCACUACAUUCUAUUACUAACCCUUUCACGAAGCCCUUUUCGCCUUCAUUGCCAUUUGCGGGUGAUGAUGGUACCAACGGUCGACCAAAUCUUGUUUACCUUGGUAGUUUAGAGAGUCUAUCGGAGGAGCGUUUGAGUGACUGUGAGGAGAACCCAUUUUUGCACUACGAUAAGGAACCUGAUGCGGCUGUUAUUACUCCUCGUGAUAUCCUAAUAUAUGGUCGUCGUGGUUCUGUUCACGAGGGCGACGGUCCGUUUUUGUCAAGCAGUGACCCUCAGGGGUCACUGAUAUUGAAAGACAUUUCAUUGAAAAGUCAGGUUAAUCAGAUUCGUAAUCUUGGCAACCGUAUUCGUCGUCCUGUGAAAGAGCGUGUCCCCCCUCAGCAGAGUGUUGAAGCGUACGCUCAGAUGGCUGCUCAGUUUGAGAAGAUUCGAGGUGUAUGUUACUGCCGCAGUGACAACUCUUGGACUGCGUGGUGGACCGACCGUGGUCGUAACCGUAAGAAGGCCUUUAAAGUAUCUCGUUUUGGUUUUAAUGAAGCUCGUCGGCUUGCUAUUGAGCAUCGUCAAUCUAUUUACCAGAAAUCAUCUGUGGUUUCUGAUAAACGUGCGUCUGCAGAUGCUGCUAGUGAUGUUUCGCUUGGUUCUGGUGAUGUUACUCCUCGUGAGGAUCAUUCUGGCGGUUCUACUACUCCUGUUUCAUCUCCUGUGAUAAGUUCUGUAAGGAAGCGUUUUGAUGUUUCUCGAAUGCAAACACGACGUUCAAGCGCUCGUUCGUUUCCGCCUGCAUCCAAGGAGGAUUUGGUUGCUACUGUAUCGGAUAACCAUGCUGAUUCAGGAUCUGGAGAUGAGGCUGGUGACGAAUUUUUCAUGAGUGAUGUUGCUACUCCUCGUUUGGGUUAUUCUGCUGAUUUGCCUCUGUCAGAUACCGCUGGCUUUAGGCUUAGUGAGGAUUUCCCCGUUGCGUCUAAGGUUGUGACUGAUGCUAAGAUUGACGUUUCAGUUGUUCCUGAGACUACUGUGCAGAGUCCCGAGUACGGAUCCUGCGGUCUUUCCCCUGCUGCACCAGUCCCUUUGAGUUUGAACCGUGAAUUGUUUGAUCUGAUGAAACUUGACCAACAUACUAGUACUAGUGUUGAGGCUGCUAUUUCUAACCUUGCUUCUACUGGUGGUACGACUCGUCUACCUAGUGGUGAGGCGGUUCAGGUUCUUCCUCAAGUUUCCUCUGGUGCUGAUGGCAAGAAUGUGACCGUCAUUUUGAUAAUGCGUCCUGAUAACGACGGCCAUAAGUGA